AUGCAGUGCUCGAUCUGCACCCUCGACAAGCCUACGAUAACCUGCGUCUCCUGCGCUCGCGGCGCCCUCUGGCCGCAACGCUACGACCUCCUCCAGCAGACCGCCGCGCGCGACGCCCUAUCCGACAGGAUACACGAGCACCUCGAGUCACGGAACGGGGAGACCGCCACCCAGCAGCGCGAGUCCGCCCAGCUCGAACUGAAGCUCCGCGAGAUCCGCGGCCAAAAGGCCUCCCUCGCCACGGCGCGGGAAGCGGCGAUGGUCCGGGUGGAAGAGCUCCGGCGCGAGAACGAGCGCAGGCGGGCCAUGCUGGAGGAGGCUAUGGGACUGCGGGACCGGCUGGAGGCGGAGGUCUCGAGCGUGCAGCGCGAGACGAAACGCUGGAUCAACAGGAGCAAAGCGUUGCAUGGGAGGAUAGCGGAGGCGCGGGGGUACCGUUGUCGUGAGGCGGCCGGACUGUACGGACUUCGACAGAAGCGGCGGAAGAGUGGGUGGGUGGAGUACAUUAUUGGCGGGGUGGCUAUACCGAAUUAUCUCACGGAUCUAAACAGUACGUUCCCCUUCCGCUUCUUCUCUUUCUUUUUCUUCUUCCUCCAGAGGGGGAAAGGAAAGGCUAGCUAGCUAGCUAGCUAACGAAUGAAUGAAUGGAUGUAUAGCGCACCCCCACCAACAAAUAACAACCUCCCUCUCCCACCUAUCCCACCUCCUCCUCCUAACAGCGCACUACCUCUCCCUGAAACUCCCCAACGAAAUCCUCCUACCCACACAAUCCCACCCCUUCACCCAGAUCCGCGGAACCCUGAACGCCCGGCACACAGUGACCCGCCCACUCUCACUCCCAGCACCCCUCUCCACACUCUCCCGCGACAACCCGGCCUCCCACACGAAAUUCAUAGAGGGCAUAUCCCUCCUCGCCAUCAACAUAGCAUACACCUGCUGCACCCAGGGUCUCGAGAUCAACGACGUGGACGCCGUGUGCGCGCCCGGGGUGAAUCUCUGGUCCUUGCUGGUGAGCAGGGACACCCCCGUGCCCGCUUUCGGCAGGAUGAGUCACGGGAGCUGCCUGGGGAACCUGGCGACGGCCGGCAGGGUGGCGGGCAUUGCGAGGUUUCGGGUCGGGUUCAAGAGCGUUGUGGAGAAGGUAAGGAACACGUUGCAGGGCGAGACUAUCGUAGCGGAUUGGGAUCUUGUGGGGGACGUCCUUGGUGCUGGUGCUGGCGCCGGUACCAGUGGUGGAGGUGGUGGCGGCGGUGACGGUGCCGGUGGGGAUGAUGCUGCUACUGGGGGAAAUGUCGAUAGGGAAGUUGACGGUGAGGACGGUGGAAGAGGGGGGAGGGAGGGUAGAAUGCCCGGGUGGACCAGGAUUAGAGCACCCGGUGAAGAGAGG